GCAGGAGUGGUUUUGUCUGGUUUUACUCUUCACCUGUUUAUCAGCGUUAAUGCGGCUUCACUGUGGCGCAAUGCAGCCGCUGCGAUUUCUAAACAAGCGACAAAAACUCAACCAAGUUCCGCUUUGUUCUUGAAGGUUCAGAGCAUGGAGACUCAAUCUCAACUACCCCAAGUGAAAAAAACGGCACUUACUAUCCUGAAAAUCCUCCUCCUCUUUCUGCUGCUCUAUGUCUUUAUUUGCUCACUUGACAUUUUGAGCUCUGCCUUUCAACUUGUAGGAGGGAGGGCAGCUGGGAAAAUCUUCCAUAAAAAUGUUGUUCUGUCUAACCCAGUGGCUGGCGUGAUGGUGGGGAUUCUGGUGACAGUCUUAGUCCAGAGCUCUUCUACAUCAACCUCCAUCACAGUCAGCCUCGUGUCCUCUGGUUUGCUGAAUGUACAGUCAGCCAUUCCCAUCAUCAUGGGAGCCAACGUUGGAACAUCAGUCACCAACACCAUUGUUGCUUUAAUGCAGGCUGGAGACAAGGACGUGUUUGAAAGGGCAUUUGCUGGCGCAACAGUUCAUGACUGCUUUAACUGUUUAUCGGUUCUGCUGCUUCUCCCUGUGGAAGUCGUUUGUGGAGUGUUAAGACAUCUGUCACAGGCUGUAGUCGACUCCCUUCCUCUGAAAAGCGGAGAAAACGCACCUGAACUGCUGACAGUUCUCACUAAGCCACUGACUAAAUUGAUAAUCCAGUUGGAUAAAUCAGUUCUCGGUGCUCUGGCCACAGAGGACCAAAUUCACAUGAACAAGAGUCUGGUGAAGCAUUGGUGUCACUCUGCUGUUAUCAAGGAGAACAAAACAUUGUUGGGAGCACAGAUCCUUUCAAAGAAAACAUAUAAAUGUAAGCAUCUGUUCGCCGGCUCCUCUCUGUCAGACCUGGCCAUCGGUCUCAUCCUGCUGAUCUGCUCCUUGUUAGUCCUCUGUGGCAGCCUCAUACUGCUGGUCAGACUGUUGAACUCCCUGCUAAAGGGACACGUGGCAAUUUUUAUUAACAAAAUCGUUAACACAGAUUUCCCGCCUCCUUUCACCUGGGUCACAGGUUAUCUGACUCUGUUAGCUGGAGCUGGCAUAACAUUUUUGAUCCAGAGUAGUUCUGUCUUCACAUCUGCCAUUACACCACUCAUAGGGGUUGGUGUGAUUAGUAUCGAAAGGGCUUACCCUUUGACCCUGGGGUCCAACCUUGGAACCACGGGUACUGCUCUGCUUGCAGCCAUGGCUAGUCGUGCAGAUAAGCUAGCUGCUACCACACAGGUUGCCAUAUGCCACUUAUUCUUCAACCUCUUUGGUAUCCUCCUUUUGUAUCCGAUACCAGCCACUCGUUUACCAAUACGACUGGCCAAUGCACUGGGAAAGUGCACUGCAAGAUACCGCUGGUUUCCGGUCCUCUACCUCAUCGUGUUAUUCCUGCUGUUGCCUUUGGUGGUGUUUGCUCUCUCCUUGGCUGGCUGGAAGGUGUUGACUGGAAUUGGUGUACCAGUCAUAAUAUUGAUUAUAUCUGUGUUAAUGAUAAACCUCCUCCAAGCACGGAAGCCUCAGUUUUUGCCACCAAUACUGCAAAACUGGAACUUUCUUCCUAUUUGGCUCACUUCACUGCAGCCAAUGGAUGACCUCAUAACCAGGGUGACUCUUUGGUGUGGACAAACCAGAGGGUGUCUAGGGAGAAAUUAUGAGCCAGAUGCAACUGCAAGAGGAGAAUCGAAGGAGAACAUGGAAUCCCAAGAGCCUGAUGAAAGCCAAAUAAAUCAAACAAAACAAUAUAAUCAUCGUAGUUGGGUAUCAAAACACACGAGGAAAGCAGAACAAAGCAGAACAAAGAAAUCAACAAGGAGUUUGACUUCAGAAAACAACAUGCCAAACUAAGAGAAACACACAGACUUCAAAUCACUCACUUAUUUUGCUUUUUUAUGAACA